AACAAUCUACACAGUAAUGCAUCACGCCUUGCAGUGAUUUAUGGUGGAUCAAGUCAAAUUGGUUUUGUUAUCAGAAAGAGAGGGAUCUAGCUGGGCCAGCACAGUCAGUUACUCAUUGCACUUGGAGGUGCACUAGCCCAGGUGACAAUGGAAGCAGAAAAGUUAGAGCUCCAGGAGUUGGACAAAACUUUGCUGAAUAAAAAUACAGCGAAGCCUCUGGGCAAGUAUGAGAGAGUCAUCCAGCCAUGUGUUGCUGAGCUGGUGGGCACAAUGUUUUUUGUUUUCAUUGGCUGCGUGUCUGUAAUUGAGAAUGUGGAGGCAGCAGGCAGGCUACAGCCAGCGCUCGUGCACGGUUUGGCAGUAGCUGUGUUGGUAGCAUGUAUGGCAGAAAUCAGUGGAUCACAUUUCAACCCUCCUUUCACCAUUGCUAUCUAUUUAUGUGGUGGAAUGCAGCUGAUGAUGGUCAUUCCCUACCUAAUUAGUCAGCUAAUCGGAGGUGUACUUGGAGCUGCAAUGUCAAAGGUUAUGACAUCACACAAGAACUACAUGAAUGCUACUGGAGCAGCCUUUGAUAUUCUUAAAUCUGAUGAGCAACUGGGGAAGGCUGUCUUUGCUGAAAUGGCCAUGACAUGUCUAGUAACUAUGGUGGUGUUGCUGGGGGCAGUCAAUGGAAAGAGCAAAAGCCCCCUGGUUCCGUUCAUGGUGGGCUGCACUGUUGUUAUCAACAUUCUGGCAGGCGGUGAUGUUUCUGGUACCUGUUUGAACCCUGCCAGAGCUUUUGGACCUGCACUGAUGACUAACUACUGGUCUUAUCACUGGGUAUACUGGGUCGGUCCAAUAGGGGGAGGUCUGGUUGCUGCUGCACUCAUAAGGCUUCUUCUGGGAGAUGAGAAGAUACGAAUUAUAUUGAAAUGAUAUGGGAGCCAGUCCAUGAUGUUAUUUUUUGAUGAAUAUUUUCAUCUUUACAGCAUUCAUUUAAAAAAAAAAAAAAAAAAAAAAAAAAAAUAUAUAUAUAUAUAUUUACUCUGCUUGUUUUGUAUGACAUAGCCUAAAGCAUACCAAACUGAUGCUGCCCAUGGCUAUCUAACUAACUAUGUUGCCUUUUUCCCAGUAGGUGUCAGUAAAUUACUUUGUUUACUGUAUAGCUUUAGUAUGACCUAUCCUCCGAAUGCCUGUUGAUAAUGUUUCACAGAUAAGAGUAUGUCUUAUAUCAGGCAGGCCCCAGUUUAAACAUUACUAGAAGUACUGUAACCUUAUUAUGCCACAUUUGCCACAUUUUUAUAGGAUCAAAUUGUUAUUGCAAGUUUCCCCGUUGUAGAACAAUAACAAAAAAACUGUAUCAUUUUAAGACUAUUUAUGAACUAAAUAUAUAAAAAAUCAUCAUGCAAUCACAUCAUUAUUUUUGUAACAACUUUUCUGAACUGUUGUCCUAAUAAAGGUUGUCUGUAAACAUAAA